CACCAAUGGGACACAUUCCCCAUUACUAUAAAUAAGGUUUCCCCACCCUACUUCUCCACUGCGACAACCAUGGCUCCUUUGACUUUCUCUCUCCUCCUCACUCUCUCUCUCUUAUCCUCCGCGCUCGCCUCCACGCAACCCUUCCUGGCCUCCGUCGCCGACGAUCCUCUCAUCCGCCAGGUCGUAUCUGAAGGUGCGGAGGCGGUGGACCAGCUCCUGCACGCCGACCACCACUUCACCCUCUUCAAGUCCAAGUACAGCAAGGCCUACGCCACCCAGGAGGAGCACGACUACCGAUUCUCUGUCUUCAAGGCUAACCUGCGCCGCGCCAAGCGCCACCAGCUGGUCGAUCCCACCGCCGUCCACGGCGUCACCAAAUUCUCCGACCUCACCCCCGAGGAGUUCGAGAGGACCUACCUGGGCCUCCACAAGCAGCGCCUGAAGCUUCCGGCCGACGCUCAUGAGGCGCCCAAGCUCCCCACCAACGAUCUCCCCGCCGACUUCGAUUGGAGAGAACAUGGAGCUGUUGGUGCUGUGAAAGAUCAGGGUUCUUGCGGGUCAUGCUGGUCGUUUAGUACUAUUGGUGCGCUGGAAGGAGCACACUAUCUGGCGACAGGGGAGCUCUUGAGCCUCAGCGAGCAGCAGCUUGUGGAUUGCGAUCAUGAGUGCGAUCCAGCUGAGCGUAACUCCUGCGACUCUGGCUGUAAUGGCGGACUAAUGAACAAUGCCUUCGAAUACAUCCUCAAGGCUGGUGGAGUCCAAACAGAGAAAGAUUAUCCUUACACUGGAGUUGAUGGUCAAUGCAAAUUUAACCAGAACGGAAUUGUUGCCGGUGUAUCAAACUUCAGCGUUGUCUCUAUAGAUGAUGACCAAAUUGCUGCAAAUCUGGUGAAGCACGGCCCUCUUGCAGUGGGGAUCAACGCACUCUGGAUGCAGACAUACAUAAAAGGAGUCUCGUGCCCUUACAUCUGCGGCAAAUCAUUGGAUCACGGUGUGGUUCUGGUGGGAUACGGUUCAGCUGGGUAUGCGCCCAUCCGCUUCAAGGAGAAGCCGUACUGGAUCAUCAAGAAUUCUUGGGGGGAAAGCUGGGGUGAGGACGGCUACUAUAAGAUCUGCAGGGGCUAUAAUCUUUGUGGUGUGGAGUCUAUGGUCUCAACCGUCACUGCUGUCCAUCUCAACUCUCAGUAACUCUUCCAAUACACCAAGUAAGUAUUUUACAUGUAUAUGCACAUGCUGUGUAUUUAAGAAGUGUGCAUUUGCUCAUGUUGUAAUCAUAGGAUUUAGUUGCCUUCAUAUGUAAUCUUGCGUAGAUGUCGUUCAUGAUGAUGUCCAACACUCCAAACAAUCUUAUGUUAUUUCAGCUAUUGAACUUCAUAUGUGAAACUUGCAGAAGCUCUUCUUGCUCAAUGGCCCAAUUAUUAUAUAGGGUCACAAAUAGCUGAGAGUGCUUUUAUAA